AUGGGUAGUAGGGAUUGGGGUAAUAUACUCAACUGUUUGGAGCCUAUGGUUUCGGAGUUAAUGAAUGCUGAUCUUAUCAAGCCUGUUUCUGAGGAGGAGAUUAAGGCUGCUGUUCAUCAAAUGGGGGGUUUGAAGGCUCCGGGACCGGACGGGUUUCAAGGUAUUUUUUAUCACUCCUUCUGGGACAUUAUUGUUGCUGAGGUGAAUGGUUUGGUGAUGGAUUUCAUGCAGGGUGUGGGUAACUCUCGAAGCAUUAACUCUACGUACUUAGUUUUGAUUCCUAAAGUCCCUACUCCUGAACUGGUGUCCCAAUAUCGUCCUAUCAGUCUUUGCAAUUUCUCUUUUAAGAUUCUUUCCAAGGUGUUGGCAAAUCGUUUGCAACCUUUGCUGCCUCUGUUAAUCUCACCUAUGCAGAACGUUUUUAUUGCGGAUAGGCAAAUUCAGGAGAACCUUGGGCUUGCUCAUGAAUUGUUCCAUUUCUUGAAGCUGAGGAAAACUAAGCAGAAGUUUGAGAUGUGUGUUAAAUUGGACAUGCAAAAGGCGUAUGACCGAGUUGAAUGGGACUUCUUGGAAGCGGUUUUGUUGAAACUCGGUUUUAGUCGUGACUGGACCAAUUUGGUCAUGAACUGUGUGCGUACGGUGAAGUUUGCGAUCUUACUGAAUGGUCAGCCUGGGAAAUGGUUUUCUCCCUCUCGUGGAAUCCGUCAAGGAGACCCUCUCUCUCCGUAUUUGUUUCUUAUGGUUAGUGAUGUUCUUUCCCGUAUGAUUCAGAGGGGAGUAGACGAUAUGCGGCUUAACGGUAUCCACAUGAAUCCUCGUGGUCCUUGUAUUUCGCACCUGUUUUUCGCGGAUGAUACUUUAAUCUGCCUUCAGGCGACUCAGAGAAAUGGUGAAAAUAUUAUGCAUAUCCUCAACCAGUAUUGUUUGGCCUCGGGUCAGAUGAUGAAUCUUCAAAAGUCUAGUGUGUACUUUGGUCGGAACACUCCAGCUCAGGUGAGGUCGCAGCUUGGCUCCUUAUUAGGGAAGGAAGUUUUACUGAAGGCUGUUGUUCAAGCUAUUCCUACCUACCAUAUGAAUUUAUUUAAAUUCCCGGUUGCUGUUUGCAAAGACCUAGACUCUAUGUCCGCGGGCUUUUUGUGGGGUGACUGUGGUGGGCAUAGGAGGAUUCAUUGGGUGAAUUGGGAUACUCUGGGUCGGCCUAAAUAUGAAGGGGGUUUGGGAUUUCGGAAUUUCCAGGACUUCAAUGAUGCGUUGUUAGUCAAACAAUGCUGGUGUUUGAUUCUUAAUCCUAAUUCGUUAUGGGCUCAGACGCUAAAGGCACGGUACUUCCUUCACUCUUCCUUCUUGGAUGCGAAGUUAGGAAGUCGUGCCUUUUGGGCUUGGGCUAGCCUUCCCGUGGGUCGUGACAUUCUGAAAAAUGGAGCUCACUGGCAGAUUCUGAAUGGCAAGGAUACUCGGCUUUGGGUUGAUAGAUGGCUACCCUCUCUUCCUCUUGGGCAUCCUAUUCCCAGUUCUCCCACUUCUGUCACUUUGAAUACCAAGGUCUCCUCCCUUAUCUGCCCGAGUACCAAGUCGUGGGACAUUGAAUUUUUACGUCCGUUCAUUUCUGAGGUGGAACUAAAAGCUAUUUAUGAUAUUCCUUUGGGGAAUUGUUCUCGCCGGGACCGAUUGAUCUGGACGUCGAGUAGGUUGGGUAAUUAUUCGGUCCGGUCGGGUUAUCACUGGAUCCAUUCCUCAUGGGAGUUGACGAGGGCUCCUGCUUCUGUCGUCACAAGUACUUUGGGGACCUCGUUUUGGAAAGCUAUUUGGCAUGCUAAAGCCCCGCCGAAAAUUCGUCAUUUUUUAUGGCGAGCUGUUAGUGAGGCUUUGGCCACUGUGGGGGGUUUGUUUAAGCGCAGGUCUGCUUCAUCUCCCAUGUGUCCUAUUUGUAAGACUCAGGAGGAAUCAGUGCUUCAUUUGCUGCUGAGGUGUCCUUGGGUUGAGCCAAUUUGGUAUGGUGGUCCGCUUGGUCUUCGGAGGGUUGGUGAAGGUGUGUCUUCUUAUCAUCACUGGCUCAGUGUUUUGAUCAACCAUACUCCUAAUCUUCAGGACCGAUCGAGGCUUCUCUCUGUCAUUGCUUUCUCUUGCUGGUACAUUUGGAAGUUUGAUGGUAUGGCUAGGUUGGCUGCGGUGCUGAGGGAUCAUAAUGGGCUUUUUGUUGCGGCCCACAAGUGGUCUAUUGGUGCUCCGUUUGUGGUGUUCGCUGAAGCUUUGGCGAUGCUAAAGGGCUGUGAGUUGGCGGCUGAGUUGGGUUUUCGGUGGAUUGUUGCUGAAUCGGACUCGCUUGAGGUAGUCUCGUCUUUGAAGGGUGAUAUUGCCCAGGGCAGCUGGGAAGUAUUCCCCAUCCUAGAAUCUAUUUUAUGGUUGGGGAAUUCUUUUCAGGGCUGUCGCUGGUCUUGGGUUCCAAGACUGGCCAAUUAG